GGUGUCAAGUAUGUAGUCGAGAGUGAUACAUGCUAAAACCGACGCUUCUAUAGCCACUCCCAUAUCGCUUGGUACAUAGCGGCCAUGGUGUCCGAAAAUGCCUUUCGCCCGAAGGAUGUAAUAUGCUUUAAGCCACUGGCCACCCACGUACUUUUGGUGUUGUGUUCUUGUCAUUUGAUCGAGUUUGUCCUGUGACCCAUUUUUUCGCAAACAUCAGCACGAAAUCAGCAGUUUGACCAUUCGACUCCAAGAAUCCCAGCCAUGCCAGUGGUGAACGGCGUGAUCACUGCCCUUCCGCCUCCGGAAGGCUAUGUGGUCAACUUCGAUGGUCCCCAUCGACAGGCCGUACCCGAAGCUUACUAUGUAGCUGGAUUCGGCACCCUUCUCAGUAUCUUGCUCAUGGCGCAAAGGCUGUACACGAAAGCCUUCUUGAUCGGUCGGCUGCAGUGGGACGAUGUCUUUCUUCUAUUGGCUUGGUUCACCUCCAUCGCAACGAUUGGAUUGUGCGUUCAUAUGUUCGCAUAUGGGUCGGGAGGUGUUCACGGAUGGGAGAUAUCCAUAGAAAAGUAUAAAAUCUACAUGAUGGAUGUCUUUCUCGCGGCCGCCAUCUACACCCUCUGCGGAAGUUUUGCCAAAGUCUCUCUCCUGAUCUUCUACUUCAGACUGUCCCCUCAAAGAUGGUUCAAAAGAGCCGUGUGGAUUUCUCUUGCAAUCAUUGCCGGUUACAGCUCUGGUAUAUUCUUUGCCCUUGUCUUUGCCUGUGACCCAAUCGCGAUGAGCUGGGAUGUGACCAUCACGGAAGGCACAUGCAUCAACCGACCAUCGUUAUACAUUGCAACCGCUGUGGCAAACAUCAUCUCGGACUUGAUACUCUUCGCCCUCCCGCUACCAAUCGUUGUGAAGCUACAGAUUCCACGUCGACAAAAGAUUGGCUUAUUCUUCAUUUUCGCAGUCGGGUCACUUACAGUUGUCACAUCGAUUGUUCGCGUUUCUCUUCUCCCAGCCAUGCUUACGAGCAUGGACCAAAGCUGGGUCAUUGCCUGGGCUAGCUUGUGGAUUAUCGUUGAAGCCAAUCUGGUCGUUAUUUGCGCCUCCCUCCCGACCCUACGCAAAUUUUUCCGGCAUGUCGCACCUAAGAUUAUCGGCGAAAGCACAUAUGGCAAGGGAAAGACCGUCGGUGGUGGUGGGAGCAAAGCCAUGUCGCGAAUGACUAUUGGUGGUACAAAUGGAACGCGAAAUCGAGCCGAGUACUCGCAGUUUGAUCGCGAUAACAACGGCGAGGCAUUUGUGAUGGCUAGCAUGGGACGUAAUAAGCCAGUAACUAUCGCCACUGGCAAUAGCGAGAAUGAUCCCACAAAGGAUGAUUCAUCAGAAAAAGCUAUCAUGCGAGGAAACAACAUUGUCCAAACAAAGACGAUCACUGUAGAAUACAGCCCGAAGGAGUGAGGCUCGGGAAAACACAGAACUCGGUAUCGAGAAUGGGCGUAGACAUGCCGGGACGUGGGAAUUGAUGAUUUGGCAAGGCGCAUGGAUUGAAAGGGAGAAACGUGGUCGAUGUUUUUUAUGGUUUUGUGAAACAGCGACUCGACUCGUUUUCAUCAAGUAAUAAUUAUCGGGGAAGUUUGGCGGGAUCGGCAAACCCGUAUCCAUGACCAGCUAUUGCCGUUGAAGAUCUUCUUCCAUAUCCAUACUCUGGUUCAUCAUCGAAAAGGUCAAUGCAAAAACAUUCAGGGUAUCGCAGGGCCGGUGGACAUCUGGCGGAUCUUGAUGAGCACGCAAUGUCGAGGCGUUCUGCUGUAGAAAUAAUAGCAAUCACCGGGUAUCAAAGUCAGGAGUCCAUUGGGUAAAAGAGGCAAGCUGAUCGUCAAUGAUGGUUAUUAGCCAGGAAAAAGGUGGCAGCCGUAUAGUUGAAGCAGACU